AUGAGCUAUGAGCAUAAACCCCAUAAGAGCCCCAUGGAUGGUCGACUUUGGCAUCAAAUGCUUGACUCCAAGGCUGAACAGUAUCCAGACACUAAAGCAGUGAUCAUGUAUGAUAUGGAUAUGAAUCGAUCGGCCAUGACGUUCGCUGAAUACAGAGACAGAUCCAYCUACCUUGCUGCAUCCCUUCUUGAGCUUGGUCUAUCACGUGGACAACGCGUGUUGUUAGUAGGACAAACAAGUCUGCGCUACAUUGUGUUUGUGAUGGCUCUGCACCGCAUCGGUUCUAAUGCCAUCCUACUGGGUGCAGGAGAUGUAACGCCUGACAAAGUAAGACUUCUAAAGACACUUAACUGUAGAUUGAUUGCUUACGAUCCAGAAAUGAAGGAAUCACAAAGGAAGCAGCUGUUUGAAGGAAUCAACCUGCUGACUCAGCACAAUAUAGAUAACAACAUUGACAAGCAGAUUGUUAUUUCUUUGAGUACCUUUUCUGGGGAGUGUGGAGACGACCAAUCUAUUACCUACGAGGGCCUCAUGACAAGUGGCCAGUCCCAAGACCUAGAGAAACUUAAAAAAGCUCAAAACGAAGUUCAGUUUGAUGAUCCUAUUGUGGCAUUGUUUACUUCAGGUAGCACAGGGGAAUCAAAAGCAGUACAACUAACCACGCAUUCUAUUCUAAACUUUUUCACUCGUGCUUCAGUGGGUCCUAGAAAAGAUAUUUGCUACAAUGACCGUCCAGUGUCUUGGGGAGUUGGCUAUGCUGGGAACCUUGUUGGCCUGCGCUUUGUGAACACAUCUACAGUAAAAGCUCCAACCGAAAUGGCUGUUUCCGAGGCGUUAUGCGAGGGUGUUUUUAAAAUCUGGCAAAAAGAGAAGUGCACAGUGUGCUCACUCAAUCCGGUUUUGGUCCAAAAGCUCUUAAUGGGCUCGAUGCACCUGAAAUAUGACCUUAGUAACGUCAGUGUGCUUACCAUGUUUGGUCAGCGGUACAGCUUGGAUACAGUGGCAGCACUCACCAAAAUAUUCCCUAAGGUAGCAAUAGUACUAUCGUAUGCAUCUUCGGAGUCGUGGUUAAUUGCGAAAAUGAUAGUAAACAAAGAAACUGCUGUAGAAGAAAAGUACGCCAAACUGACCAUUGAWGAAGGUGUUGAAGUUAAAAUUGUCGACGAAGAAAGUAAGUUGGUAUCAAGAGGAACUCUUGGAGAGAUCUGUGCGCGAAAUGCCUCGGUUUUUUUGGAAUACUUGGGUAACCCUGAAGCUACCAAGCGAACCAAAUCAUCGACAGGCUGGGUUCACAUGGGAGAUACUGGAAUCAUGUAUGAUGAUGGUAAGAUCGAGGUGAUUGGAAGAAAGACAGAAAUUAUCAAACGAGCAACCGUGAAGAUUUGUCCUGCCCACAUUGAAAAAGUUCUGUUGCAGCACCCACAAGUGAUAGAUGUUGUUGUGGUUGGAAUCCCUGAUCAGCAGUUGCACGAGGAGGUCUGCGCAUGCGUAAUUCUACGCGAGGAUACAGAAAGUGAUGGUUCGGACGAGGAAGCAAAAGUACUAGAGAUAAGGGAAUGGUGUAAGAAACAGUGGCCUCCUGGACCAGAUGGGCUGAGCUUGACACCCAAAUAUAUUCUUGUAAUGAAAAAGUUCCCCGUAUCAGGAAGAACAGGAAAGACGUUCGUGCGAGGUGUUAAGGAUUAUGCUUUAAAGAAGCUUAACUUUUAGUUAAAAUAUCUACUUUCACAUUAAAAAUAGAAAGUCACAUAAGAAUGGUGGCUAUUUUGAAUUGGAGUUUUGACAGACUACCAUAUAUGGUGAGAAUUAUGCUUAUAUAUUGAAAUGUUUCGGAGUAUCGCACCGUGCUUCGUUUUUUUAGAAUUAAAUCGCAUAUAGUAGGGAGAGAAAAUUGUGGGUUAGUCAGCAAAAUGUGGUUCAUACAAUGUAUAAACAAAGUCUGAGGUCAAACGGCAUCUCUUAUGAACUUUUAUUAUAUUCCCAAACGGUCUAGGGAUAUAAAAUACAUGGUAAUAUAAACGAUAACGUAUUCUUAACAAUCCUUACUUAUGUUAUACCAAUAGAGAUAUUGUAAUAAUAUCUUUAAAUAAAAUCGUUCUCAAAAACCGAAAAAAAACAUCGAUUAUUGAAAUCACCUCGUUUUCCAUGAAUGAUGUAAAUACGACCCCAAUGAAUGCCGGUUAUUCACUGGGCC